UCCGGGUUCCUUUCGACCACCUGCGGUUCUUUAACGUGCUCCAAAUGCACGGUACACAAGCGUUUUUGCAUUUCGCCCCCAUCGAAAUGCGGCCGCCGCGGCCGGGAUAUGGUUUCGAAAUCACGCACUUUGCAACGCAACGCCAAAUCUACUUAGUAGCCAGGACCGGUGAAUCACUAAAUUAUUAGUACUAACAUAUCGAGAACUCAAGACACAGAUAUAUUACCUGGUGAGCUCGUAAUGAAGCGCGCACGCUGAACUCGAUGCAAAGCAAUGGGUGACGUGAUCUGGCACAUGCGGCAUGUACUGCAGUACACAAGCAGCAACCGACAACUUGACGGCACUAUUCAGAACUAUGUUGACUAUGUAGCAAGUGGUGUCCUAUUCUCCUGUAGACCAGAGUAGACGCUCGACGUCAUUGGUUCUGGUUCCAUAGUUUUGAUUUCAUUGUUGUGGUUUCGUAAUUGUGGAGUACAGUAGUGCACCCACUUUCACAAAUUCACCGCCUCCCUUUUCCCCCGCUUUGCUCAAAGACAGAGGUAGCGCCAUGGUUCUUUAUUCUAUGGCGCCACGUUUGAGAGUCUGGAAACGCAAGAAUAUAGACCUUUUUCACGAAGGCUUGCCGCCAGGGCGCGCCAGCGUGCCGCAAACCGGAUGUCCUCCCAAGAAACUUCCGGCGUCCUUGGCUGUUGUGUGUUUUUCUUGCGGCGGUUCACGUUUGCUGCUGCUCGCGGAAUGUUUUCGCCACAGUUAUCCGCGCUUGGACAAACACAACGAGGGCCUUGCUGUGUUGUACCUGGAUGCAGCCGGCGGUCUGGCACCAACCUCCUUUCGCAAGUGCGAACAUUCAGGUUUCCUAGAGAAAGCGACAGACGGGACGCGUGGAUCGCUGCAGUGCGAAGGGAUAAAUGGGUGCCUACAAACAACUCUCAGAUUUGUUCUGCUCAUUUCAUUCAAGGCCGGCCGUCGUCUGACCCUACCCAUCUGGACUAUGUCCCUACAAUAUUUGCAUACCGUGUUCAAGGCAACACGGACCAGAAACUUCAGCGGUACCAGCGUGGCCAAAGGAGGCGCAGUGUGCUAGCGAGCAGACCUGCAGUGGGGAGCAAAAGUGCAAAGGUGCAAAUAUGUGUGCCUACUACAAGUGACCUUGCAACAUCGUCAAUAACUGACAGUAAUGUCGGCCUCGAGGAUUACACUAAAGAUUCUUGUGAAGCCGAAACAGAGACAAUGCUUACUAUGGUUGAUAUAUCUGCUCUUACUUUAGAGAAUGCAGCACUGAAAGAUAAGGUUGCUUGUUUAGAAGAACAGCUGGCAUCUGCAAAGAAAAAAAAUGCAGAGCUUGAGAUGAAAAAUAAGCCAGUUCCGAUUCGGAAGAUAACUAGGGACAUUGUUAUGAAGUCUCAGAAAGCUGUGAAGUUCCACACAGGUGUCGUGUCUGCGGAAAUGUUUGCUGCAUUGCUUCAAAUGGUUCUGUCUGCCUGGAGCCCAACAACUCGAACAACACUGGAUCCAAAGCAGCAGCUUAUUUUAGUGCUUAUGAGACGGCGUCUGGGACUUCUGACGGAAGAUCUAGCAUUUCGGUUUGGCAUUUCUGUAACUUCUGUAAGCCGGAUUUUUCAUUCAUGGCUAGAUGUCUUAGCUGAGAACUUCAAGAACCUCUUGAUUUGGCCAUAUCGUAGAACACUGCAAUCUAGGUGCCCUGAAGCAUUCAGAGAUGCUGCAUUCAAGAAUGUCAGGGGCAUAAUUGAUUGCACAGAAAUAUUUAUCGAAAGACCCACUUCUAUGACAGCAAGAAGCCAGACAUAUUCCAACUAUAAACAUCACAACACAGUCAAGCUUCUUGUGGUGAUUUCCCCAUCAGGAUCAAUCAUGUUCGUUUCUAAAGCCUGGGGCGGGAGGGUCUCUGACAAAAAGCUGACGCAACAUAGCGGACUGCUUGAAUUGGUAGAAGAAGGGGAUGUGUUCCUUGUAGACAGAGGAUUCAGAUGUGAAGAAAUGUUUGGUGCUCGAGGUGCAAGCCUGCUGAUGCCUUCAUUGACGAAGAAACGAGCACAACUCCCUGGAGCUGAGGUCACCACAUCAAGAAAAAUUUCCAGUAUCCACAUACACGUCGAGCGAUCAAUUCAGAGGCUGAAAUCAUUUAGGGUGUUUCACAUGAUCCUUCCUGUGAACUUUAUAAAAAGAGCUGGGGAUGUAGGCUAUGCCACCAUUGACAAGUUGGCAAUUGUGUGUAGUGGCCUGGUGAAUCUCCAAACACCUAUCAUCAACACAAACCAUGAAGACCUCGCUGUAUGUGAGUAACUGAAAAAUAAGGUGUCUUGCUUGCCAAAUAAAAAGUGAAGCAGUCA